GAUGACUCCACUUCAUCAUGCUGUUGAUGGAGGGCACUGUGAACUCGUUAAAAUGCUGAUACAAGAUGAAUCUGAUUUGGAGAUCACAGAUAUUUAUGAUCGCACUCCAUUUCAUCUUGCAGUUAUAAAAAGGAAACAAGACAUAAUAUCUUAUUUUAUUGAACGUAAAGGAAAAAGUAAAACUGAUGCUAAUGAAGAAUCUUUAAAAUUUAUUGAAGCACUGCGUGACUCAAAAAAGCCUAGUCUAGUUCAUGGUAGCUUUAGAGUUGACUACAUAACUGGGGAACUUUAUACCCCAUUGCAAUAUGCAGCCAUUAAUGGGUGUUAUGAUGUUGCUGAAUUUUUUCUCAAAUUUUCACAAAAUGUGGAUACUCAGACUGAAUUUUAUGGUGAAACUGCCUUGCAUCUGGCAGCUAAAAAAGGCCACACUGAUAUUGUGAAGUUACUGAUAGAGUUUGGCAAAGCUGAUCCCAACAUACCAAACUAUUUUGGGAACUUACCAAUUGAAUCUGCAGUGUAUUAUUAUUUUCCUGAUACUGUUAAAUAUUUGAUGGAUCAUGGCACAGAAAAAUUAGAAGGAGCUGUGUGUACAGCAAUAUUAUAUGGGCAUAAAGAUUUAAUAGAACUUUUAGAUCCAGACAGAGAUUACCUGAGUGACCCCGAUAACAUAUAUAGAGCUGUAGGAAGUGGACAUUUAGAAAUAAUGUCACUUUUUAAAGACAUGGAUAAAAGUUUAGUGCCGGAAGAUUUAGACUAUUUUGGUUAUGAUGUGAUGCACUCUCCUCUGCAUUAUGCUGCAAAACUAGGACACACAGAUAUUGCUAGGAUACUUAUUGAAAGGGGAAUCUGCGAUGUCAAUGGUGCAUAUGGUAAAUCAUCAGGAGAUGACAAGUCACUAGAGGAGGAGUGGUCGGAAAAAGAUGAUAAAGAGAUUGAGGGAGACCGUAAAACUCCAUUACAUUUUGCUGUAAUGUUUGGACACUUUUCAGUUGCGAAACUGCUAUUGGAGAAUGGAGCUGAUGUCAAAGCACUAGAUGCUAGUGAACAGACUCCAUUGCAUUUAGCAAAAGAUGAGGCAUUGUACAGGUUCCUCUUGCAUUAUGAGAGAAAUGUUGAACCAGAUCCUACAAAAAAUACCAGUUUGCAUAUUGCUGUAUCACUGAAUGACAUCAAAACAGUCACUGCAUUAGUUGGGACAUCUCCUUUAUCAAAAGACUCUGCUGAGCAAACUCCAUUGCAUUAUGCAGCCAGACAAGGCUCUGUGAAAAUAAUGGAAAUAUUAAUGAGCAGGAUUUCAUUUUAUGAUGAUGUUGAUAGUGUUGGUCGUACUGCAUUACAUUAUGCUGCAGAAUCCUGUAGUUAUGAUAUUAUUGUAAUGUUGAUCAAUCAGGGAGCUAGUAAAAAUGUAGAGGAUAAAGAUGGCAGUACUCCUCUUAACAUUUCUUACAGGAAACAAGAUAUUCAAUCAUUGGAAUUUCUUCUUGCUAUUGGCUGUGUUUUUAAUUUUACUGCUCUACUUUAUGACUCUGCUGGACUGGGUGACAGGAACAGAUUUAUCGAGGCAAUUGCUGCUGGAGCUGUAGUUGAUGAUGAAUAUAUUAGUGCUUUUCAUGCUGCUGCUCAAAAUGGGCAUAAUGAAAUUGUUACGCACAUCAUUGAUACUUUCAAUGUUGACAUUAAUGCUACUAGUGGAGAGGAGAAUAUGACAGCUCUUCAUUAUGCUGCAGCAGGCAAUCAUAUAAAUGUCAUGGAGUUAUUGAUUGAUAAAGGAGCAGACAAAAACUGUAAAGACAAGUCAAAUAGAACAAUUCUGCAUUAUGCUGCCAAGGAGAACCAUCAAAGUAUUGUCAUGACUUUCAACAUAUCAACUGGAAACAAAGAUAUAGAUGGAAAAACCCCAUUGCAUGUUGCUGCUGAGCAUGGUUACUGUGAUGUUGUGAAUGCUUUGAUUGAUAAAGGAGCAGCAGUGAAUAGUCAAGACAUUUCUUUAAGCACUCCGCUGCAUUAUGCUGUUCAGAAUAAUCAUAAAGAUGCUGUCAGGGUAUUGCUUGAAGGAAAAGCCACUCCUUUUUGCAAAGACAAGGUAUUUGAUGACAAUAAUCUAAUGUUAAUGUACUGGUAGAGUGCAUGUUUGGGAUCAUUUUAUGAAUUGGAACUUUUCUCUAAUAACCGAGUAUAGUGCUCAGCUUGACAUGCUACUUACAAUGUAGCUUGUUUAGCAAAAUUAGUUUAAUUUGUAUGAACCGUGGUCCUUAGUAAAUAUGGCUAGCAAUUAAAAAAAUUUUCUGAUUCACAU